GUUCGCUCGGUGCAAACGGUUUAACUGCAAUGCUUUUUAACUGCAAGUCCGCUAAGUGCAACAAUUUUGCAGUUAUCGCACCGCUAUCUGUCAAAAACAAAACGUCAACACGGUUGCGAUGUUUUUCGGAUGCACUACAGCUGCAUUGCGAUGUUUUUGAGUGCAUUCUGGCUGCGUCCAACAGCAUUUGACAACUGUUUGACGGCUGUCAGUCGUUGCAGUUAGCGAAUUACAUUCGGUAACUGAAACGUAAACAUGUUGCACUUAUCGAACGUCUACUGUACUACUGCAACAGCGAGCCGCCCACAUCCCAGCUGUCAAACAAUAUUUACGUUUCCAGUGGUCUCGGUCUCCCGUUUUUGUGAAUCCGUUCGGAAUCGUACAAACAAACUGAUAUCGUUUAGUUACUAGAGGUAAUCAAAACCUGAUCAAAUUGUACGUGAAGUUCUAAUAUCUUGCAAUGUCCGAGCGUAAAGUGUUGAACAAAUACUACCCGCCGGAUUUCGAUCCGUCGAAAAUCCCCCGGGUCAAGCUACCGAAGAACCGCCAGUACACGGUCCGGCUGAUGGCCCCAUUCAACAUGCGGUGCGUGACGUGCGGCGAGUACAUCUACAAGGGCAAAAAGUUCAACGCCCGCAAGGAGGACGUCGAGAACGAGGACUACCUCGGCAUCCGGAUCUAUCGGUUCUACAUCAAGUGCACCCGCUGCCUGCAGGAGAUAUCCUUCAAGACAGACCCGCGCAAUACGGACUACGAAAUUGAGGCCGGCGCGACGCGCAAUUUUAUGGCACUGAAGCUGGCGGAAGAGCAAGCCCGCCGGGAGGAGGAGGAAGCCCGCGAAGAGGAAGCUACCAAUCCGAUGAAGCUGCUGGAGAACCGCACCCAGCAGUCCAGGAACGAGAUUGAGCUGCUGGAAUCGUUGGAGGAGCUGCGGGAUUUGAAUCGCCGGCAGCAGGACGUGGACUACGACCGGAUGCUGCAGCAGUACGACCCGACCGAGACGAUUCGCGAGCGGGAGGAACGGCUGGAGCGGUUGGAUGAAGAGUAUAUCAAAACCGUUAAAUUUCGCUCCCAGACGUCAUCGGCAGUCACCGCUACCGGUAACAGCUCUGGGCUGAAGCGUGUCGCCGCCGAGGAAAUCAUCGAAGAGAUCAAACAAGAGGACGAACCAGGUCAACACGGUACUGGCGCCGUCGAAACAACUCCAGCAGGUGCAGCUGGAGAUUCAAAGGCAUCCUCCACAUUGACGUCCAUCGGUGGUGCCACGACGUCGGUGGCGGCCGUCGUCGGCGGAGGUAAGGUGAAAAAGUUGGACACCACCAACAGCUACAGCAUCGGUGUGCGGAAAAGUUCACUGAACAAUUUGGUAGUCAAGAAGAAGCAGCAGCCAACGGCGACGACGACGGCCCCUGCGGUUAGCGGUGCUUCCACUGUUGCUGGUGGUGAAUCGAGCAAAACGGAAGCUGUGCCCGCAAAAACCACGACGACAGUAGCUAGUGGAAGUAGUAGCAGUACAAGUAGUGUGGCUGCAGUUGGCGUUGCUACUGCCACAGCAAGCUCGGUAGGCUCGACAGCGGUCAGUGGAUUAGGUCUUUUGGGGGCUUACUCCGAUAGUGAAAAUUCGUCCGAUGGCAACGAAUGAUAACUCACUCAGUGUCACUGUAUUGUAAGUUUUUUUCUUGGCGGAAAUCAAUUAACGGUAAGAUUACUCUUGUGUUUUUGUUGUAUUGUAUAACAAAACAAAAAUGUGAUGAUUGAUGAAAA